AUGACGGCAUCGAAGUCCGCACCCGCCGUUACAGUCUUCCGGGGCUUCCCCGAAAAGGGCUGUUAUACAUGGUCACCAUUUGUCACCAAGCUCGAGGCUCGCUUGCGCUUUGGCGGAAUCUAUUACAGUGUCGAGGCCGGAUCUCCGCUGAAGGCUCCGAGGGGAAAAGUGCCCUAUAUCACCCUUAUGCACGAUGGUCAAUCCCAGUCCAUCGGUGAUUCUGGGCUGAUAAUUAAUCUAUUUAUUGAGUCUGGAUAUCUCAAUGACCUUAAUUCCCAACUCUCACCUGUGGAAAAGGCCCACGACAUUUCCACUAGAGCUCUGCUCGAAGACAAACUGUAUUUCUACCAGGGACAAGAGCGAUGGAUUGAAAAUUACUAUACUAUGCGCGCCAAGAUCCUCGGGGGCCUGCCCUGGCCUGUACAAGUCAUUGUUGGCAAUUUAGCUUAUAACAAACAAGUCCGCACCUUGCGAGGCCAGGGGACAGGGACUUUCUCCGCUGAGGAAAUCACCGUCUUCCGUGCGAAUAUCUGGGAGACUCUGAAUGCGCUAGUGUCGGCUGCACAGGCUCAGUAUCAAGAUCGGGAGGGUCCAUUCUGGCUAUGGGGCGGCGAUGCACCCACUGAAGCUGAUGCAACUCUAUUUGGUUUUAUUGUUCCGGCCCUUAUCUGCGACGCAAGGUCCCCGACCACCAAGAAGGUUGUGAACAGCUACCCAGCGCUUGUGAGCUACGCCGGGCGAAUCCAUGACAAAUAUUUUCCGGAUUACAAGCGAUGGGAGUAA